AUGGGUGGUAUCUAUGAAUCUGAAGGCCGUGUUGAAGUCUUCUAUGACAACCAAUGGGGUUCUAUAUGUGACAGCCUGUGGAGCAUCGAGGAUGCGACUGUUGUCUGUCGGCAGCUGAAUUACAGUGGAGCAGACCUAGCAUUGGUAGCGGGUCAGUACGGCGAAGGUCAAGGUGUCGUCCUGUUUAGUAACAUGGAAUGUAAUGGAACGGAGGGCAAUCUUUCAACUUGUAAAUAUGAUCUUGUGGAUGUUACAAAUUGCGACCAUUCGAGAGAUGCUGGUGUCGUGUGCACGAGUCAGGGAAGUCUUCGCCUAGCCGGUGGGUCUGUACCUGGCGAGGGUCGUGUUGAGAUUCUGGGAGAAUCUGGAGACUGGGGUACAAUAUGUGACGAUGGAUGGGAUAAGACCGAUGCAGGAGUAGCAUGUAGACAGCUAGGAUACCCAUAUGCUUUAGAAGCCCUAGUCAACGUAGGUUAUCCCAACACACAGCCAGUCUUUGGUUCGGGAUCUGGUCCUAUUCUUCUUGAUGGACUCGAUUGUGAAAGUGAAAAGCGACAUUUAAGAGACUGUCUUGUAACAAAAGAAUGGGGAAUUCACGACUGUACUCAUGGCGAGGAUGCAGGAAUAACAUGCGACAUGGGACUUACCCGACUUGUAGACGGCGAUUUUGACGAUGAAGGCCGCGUUGAAGUUUACUAUGGGGGUAAAUGGGGAAGAAUCUGUUCUACCAAUUGGACCAUUGAUGAUGCCCAUGUUGCAUGUAGAGAACUUGGAUUCCCUCUCGGAGCAAGGAACACAAAAAUGUUUGAGGGAGGCGAUGGACCUUUUCUACUGGACGACAUGAAAUGUCAAGGAGUUGAGACCCAUUUAGCCGAUUGUGAAUCUUUAGGAUGGGCCAACAACCAAAACUGUGAUGCUAACCUGAACUAUGGUGCAGGCGUUGUGUGUAAUGCUAGUGCUUCUGCGUGA